AUGAGCUCUUUUCCCGCUCAGACGCCUGCGACUUUAAGGGGCGGGGCUGAGCACGCUGUGGCGAAAGUGGAUUGGCUGGGAGGAGAGGCGCUUCCGGAAGUGUCGCAGGAAAGAAGCCCCACGUGUACUUUUCGGCUCCCCAUGGCGGCGCUCCUGAAGAGGCUGCUGAGAACCAAGACAGUCCUCGUGGCCCCGGGCCUCGGCGUGGGACGGCGGGAAGCAAGCCUGGGCACGGAUCCUGGGGUGGCGGUACGAGUGCGGUUCGCGCCCAGCCCCACAGGGUUCUUGCACCUGGGCGGUCUUCGCACUGCUCUCUACAACUACAUCUUCGCCAAGAAGUACCAGGGCAGCUUCAUUCUGAGGCUGGAGGACACAGAUCAGACCCGCCUGGUUCCUGGGGCAGCUGAGAACAUUGAGGACAUGCUGGAGUGGGCAGGCAUCCCCCCUGAUGAAAGCCCCCGACGUGGUGGUCCUGUGGGGCCCUACCAGCAGUCCCAGCGGCUGGCCCUGUAUGCCCAGGCCACAGAGGUGCUCUUACGCUCUGGAGCUGCCUACCCCUGCUUCUGCUCCCCGCAGCGACUGGAGCUCCUGAAGAAGGAGGCCCUGAGGAGCUACCAGACACCCCGGUAUGAUAAUCGGUGCCGGAACCUGAGCCAGAAGCAGGUAGCCCAGAAGCUGGCCAUGGGCCUGAAGCCUGCCAUCCGCUUCCGCCUGGAGGAGGAUGCACCAGCCUUCCAGGACCUGGUGUAUGGCUGGAGUCAGCAUGAAGUGGCCAGCGUGGAGGGAGACCCAGUCAUCCUGAAGAGUGAUGGCUUCCCCACAUACCACCUGGCCUGUGUGGUGGAUGACCACCACAUGGGCAUCAGUCACGUGCUGCGGGGCUCUGAGUGGCUCGUCUCCACCUCCAAGCACCUGCUCCUGUACCAGGCCCUAGGCUGGAAGCCACCUCUAUUUGCCCACCUGCCCCUGCUCCUCAACAAAGAUGGCCACAAGCUCUCCAAGAGGCAAGGGGACAUUUUCCUGGAGCAUUUCAUGGCAGCUGGCUUUCUGCCAGAUGCUCUUCUUGACAUCAUCACCAACUGUGGUUCGGGGUUUACAGAGAACCAGAUGGGUAGGACACUGCCAGAGCUGGUGACACUGUUUGACCUGAGCCGGAUCACCUGCCACUCAGCCCUGCUGGACCUUGAGAAGCUCCCAGAAUUCAACAGGCUGCACCUCCGUCGACUGGUGAGCAAUAAGGCCCAGAGGGGCCAGCUGGUAAAGAAGCUGCAGGCCCUGGUGGAGGAGGCUUUUGGGAGCCAGCUGCAAGACAGGGCGGUCUUGGACCCCGCAUACUUGGAGAGGAUCAUUGUGCUUCGACAGGGCCACGUGUGCCGCCUGCAGGAUUUGGUCUCUCCACUAUACUCCUACCUAUGGAUGCGCCCCACCGUGGGCCGAGCGCAAUUGAGUGCCAUCUCACAGAAGGCGGAUGUGAUUGCUGAGCGCAUGCUGGGGCUUUUGGAAAGAUCUGGUACGAGCUUCACUCAGGACAUGCUGAAUGGAGAACUGAAGAAGCUGUCUGAGGGUCUGGAAGGCACCAAGUACAGUGACGUGAUGAAGCUCCUCCGAGUGGCCCUCAGCGGACACUUGCAAGGACCCCCAGUGGCUGAAAUGAUGGUGUCCUUGGGACCCCAGGAAGUGUGGGAACGAGUCCAGAAGGUGCUUUCCAGCUAAGGAGCAUGUGUGCAGGACAGUGGACAUGGCCCCAGGAUCCUGUGCCCUUGGAAACUGCCUGACACAAGGAGGCAGCCUGCGGGUUAGGCCUGGCAGCGGGACCAGGCAUGGAGAGUUUAACCAAACUCAGAGCAUUGACAACGCCUCAAAGGGCCAGGGAAGCCCAUCCCACAGCUCUUCAAUUCCAGGAAAGAUGUCCUUCUGUAUGGGUUUCCACACCACAUUCCACACAGGGGUUAGGAGCUGGAGCACAGAAAAUGCUGCCUUCCAGAACAGUCCAGAGGGCUCAGAUACAGAUUUGUUAGGGCUGCUAUCAGCAGAACUAAGUGGUGGUGGCUCAUACAUCAGAGAUUGCUUUUCUCCCAGAAGCUGCAAGUCCAAGAUCAAGUCUCACAAGGUUGUUUCUCAUGGGCCUGUCUCCAUGCUUGCAGACUGCCAUUUCUUGCUGUGUCCCAGGUCUCCUUGGAACCCCUGCAUCCCUGGCUUCUCUGUGUGUGUGCUAAUCAACUCCUCCCAGGAUACCAGUCACAUUUAAUUAGGGCCCACUCUCCCAGCCUCAUUUUACUCUUAACACCUUUUCCAAGGCUCCUCGUGUCCUUAUACAGUUCACAUCCUUUGGUCCUAAGGGUCCUGUGGAGUGUGGUGGGGGGAGAGGGUGGUGUCCUUAUACAGUUCACAUCCUUUGGUCCUAAGGGUCCUGUGGAGUGUGGUGGGGAGAGAGGGUGGACAUAGUUCAACCCCUCACAGCUUGGCAGCAGCCUGAGCUAAUAACUGCCAGGAACCCACACUUGACAAAGCCAGGGCCUAGCUAGACAUGAAACGUUCUUUGGGGAUUGUAAAGUGAGAAGUUACUCAUUGGCCAAGGGAAGCACUUCUGUUUGGUGUUAGUUUUCAUCCUUGGACCUGGGGGCAGCCUGUGCUCCUUUCCCCAGAGAGGGAGCUCCUCUCUCUCCUUUCCCAGUCCUUCAACUGAAGACUUUGCCCCUGCCUAUUUGGUGUCUUUUUCUCUAUAGCCACUCCUUUCUGCCAUCACUGUAAAGGGAAUUUUUCCCCCUUGGGGUCUUAGAUGACUUGGAGUAGCUAAAAUGAAAAGGAAUGAGGAGACAGGAAGGGACUAGGGACAAAAACCUUCUACGUUUCUCAGGCUCCAAGUGAGCAGCCAGCCUCAAAGAUAGCUACGGGCCACCCCUUCCUCCACAUGGUAGAGGCUGACUUGUGUGACCAGCAGGCUGGCCUUGACCUCCAAGGUCAUCAGACACCUCAAAGCUUCUAGCUUGUUCCCCUCAAUUCCCUAUCAGGAAGACACUGGAGCAGCCCUUUGCAGGGUCUUGCCAACGGCCAUAUGGGUGAGAGGUGUGGGAAAAUGGUCUUUCCAUCCUAGCCAAGUAGUGGAGUGACUGCCACCUCCCUGAGAGAUCCAGAGCUGCUCAGCAGAGCCCCUCUGGAAUGUAAGUGAAGGGGUUGUGAAAUAGUAAAUGUUUAUUUUGUCAAG